AUGGAUUCUUCUUCUUCAAUUAGAGUAGCAAGUGAAGAUAAAUAUAGUGUAAUUCUUCCGACAUAUAAUGGGAGAGGAAAUUUACCUAUAAUUACUUGGCUUUUAGCUAAAACCUUUAAAGAGCA